AUGGAUGCCCCAACCACAGAAUUGCCCGAAGGGGAUUUCCAGAGCCCUGGCACCAUGGGCUACGGGGAUGAGCUGACUCCAGAAGCUCUGAGUGUACCUAGUGGUUUCGAUGACUUGAUCACCUCCACCACCUCUCAGGUGCUUCAGGCCGCGUCCAAUGCCAUGGGCCGAAAUGGUGAGCUGUCCAAGGUGCCAGGCCACAUGCCAAACACGGGUGACCUGGCCGACACGUCAGGUCCCCUAGAUUUGGAAAUUGUGUCCCAGGAUGAGCAGGUGCAAUUCUGGUUAGUGGUAGGUUACACCAUAGUGGUCUUUGCUGCCAUCAUAGGCAACUGGGUCUUAAACCAUAUAAUUAUGAAGUACAAGAGGGUACAUACAGCUACCGGCCUCUUCGUUGUCAACAUUUCUGUGACCAACAUGAUGCUCGCUCUUCUCAGCUCUCCCUUCACUAUGGUGCGCUAUCUGUGUAAUUCCCUGGUGUUUGGAAAGAUGACAUGUCACCUCAGUCGCUUUGCCCAGUACUCAUGUGCCUAUGUAACUGUGAUGAGCAUGGCAGCUAUUUCCCUGGAUCGACAUCGGGUGAUGCUUUAUCCUUUGAAGGCCCGGAUUAGUCCCAUGCAAGGCAAUGUUUGCAUCAUUAUCAUCUGGAUUGUGAGCACCUGUGCUGCUUUGCCACAUGCCGUUUACCAGAAGCUUUACCAGGUGGAAAUUGGAAACACCACUGAGGAAAGUGCCUGCCUUCCCAGUUUCCCAUACACUUCAAAAUCCACAUGGAAAUAUCUUGACCUAGGCACCUUUCUGCUCUUCUUCAUCUUGCCUUUGCUGGUGUUGGUGGCUGUCUAUGGUCAUGUGGCCAAAAAGCUGUGGAUCCAUGAUGCUGUUGAUGACAUCAAUAUCCACACUUACAUCUGCCAGCGUGGGAAGAAGAAGCAGACCCUAAAGAUGCUGAUGAUAGUGGUGCUUCUGUAUGCAAUCAGCUGGCUCCCCCUCAAUAUCUACCUGGUGCUGCUGUCCAGCGAAUCCAUCUCAAGCCACAAUGGUCUCUACUUUUUCCUCCACUGGCUAGCAAUUAGCAGCUCCUGCUACAACCCCUACAUCUACUGCUGGCUCAGUGAUAGCUUCCGUAUUGAAGUGCAGAAGGUCAUCAUGGAAAUCCAGAAGAUGCUGCUAGAUAAAAUCAGCCGCCUCAGAGGAGAGCAUCGCCGACUGAGCUCUGGGUCUCAAACCCACCCCCCUACCUGCGUGGAUCCCAAUCCAGGAGUGCCCAAAUUCCCACGAUUCAAAGAUUUUGAUGAGCUGCCAAGUCCCCCUCCCUCCCCAGUAGUGGAGAUCUCCUUUCUCCAUUCAGUGCCUAGAGUUUAA